AUGGCUGGCUCAGGGUCCAAAGCCGCGUCCUUGCACUGGACAGCGGAGCGCGUGUUGAGCAUCGCGUUGCUGGGAAUGGCACCCGUGGCCUACUUCUACCCCGGGCCAAUCAUCGACUACCCCCUGGCAGCAGCCCUCGCACUGCACGGACACUGGGGGAUUGGCCAAGUACUAACAGACUACGUCCAUGGAGAGCCCAAGAUCAAGCUGGCAAACGCGGGUCUAUUUUUACUGUCAACAGUCACGUUCGCCGGGCUGUGCUACUUCAACUACAACGACGUGGGCAUCUGCAAAGCCAUCGCCCUGCUGUGGAGCAAAGGGCUAUAG